AUGGGGACCUACACCUGCAAGAGCAAGAAGGCCUGGGGUGGAGAGGUGAAGUCAGUCCUGCCCAUAGCAAGCCAGGAGAUGUCAGGCAACCUGCCUGAGGAAAGGAAGGAGCCAGCAGGGGACACCUCUGGGAAAACGGGGGCCUCAGACAGGGAGAAAGAGUAUCUGCUUGAAGGUUUGCCCAGUGAGGAGAAAAGCGAGGAAGAGAAAGUGAAGGAAGAGGACAGCUCAUUCAAGCUCUGUGUCCCAGGCAUUGUUGCCCUCCACCCGCCACUGUACAAGACUUUCAGAUCCACAGACACAGUGCGUUUCCUGGAGUCGGAGUUGAAGAAGCUUCUGGGAAUGCAGCAAGAGUCUCGCCUCUGGAAGCUAGGCAGCCAAGAGGGCUGAGAGCCUACCCGGCCAGAGAUCACCCUGGUGGAGGGGAGAGGUUAUGGGGUACAGAGAAGACUGAGGCAUCUUUCUUCACCCAUUUCUGUCCCCCAGUGCCUGCUUCUUGAGGAGGAUGGGAUGGGAAACUGGCCUCCUUAG